GAAACUAUAAAAGUAUAUGUAUAAACAUCAGUUGCCACCUGGUGUUGGAACCGGAAGACAUAUGUGGCGUGAUUCGUUUCGUCUGGAGGUAUGGAACGAAGCAUACACAUUCUAUUAGGAGUCACCGGAAGCGUUGCAGCAAUUAAAGUCAAACAAUUAGUUCAACUAUUGCAGGAACCAAAGUCGGAAGAUGUCUACGUCAAAGUUAAAGUGGUCGCAACAGAAAAUGCUUUACACUUCUUUUCGUUGGAGGAACUGAAAGAGAUCGCUCCGGUUUUCAGAGACGAAGACGAAUGGAAGACCUGGAAGAAAAUUCCGGAUCCAGUCCUUCACAUCGAACUAAGGAAGUGGGCAGACAUCAUGGUUGUGGCGCCACUGGAUGCGAACUCUUUGGCCAAACUAGCCGGCGGCAUCUGCGACAACCUUCUGACCUGCAUCGUAAGGGCCUGGGAUUCCAAGAAACCUCUGUUUUUCUGUCCGGCAAUGAACACGCACAUGUGGGACCACCCCGUUACACGAGAACACGUGGAAAAGCUGAAGAGUUUCGGCUACGAGGAGAUUCCGUGUAUCUCCAAGAAGCUGGCCUGCGGAGACGUGGGAUUCGGCGGAAUGGCCGAAGUUCCGACGAUUGCGGAAGUGGUUCGAGAGCGAAUGAAUAUGAAAUAACGAAAUGGCACCAAACACGUCUGAACACGUAGGA